CUCGGAUUGUUCAUCAUAUCCUAUGCUCCUGGGAUGGGGACACUGCCAUGGGUCGUGAACUCUGAGAUUUACCCUUUGAGAUACCACGGUGUUGGAGGAGGAAUAGCCGCAGUAGCUAACUGGGUUUCAAAUCUCGUCGUCUCACUCACUUUCUUGACUCUCAUAGAGGCUAUUGGCACUUCAGGGACAUUCCUCUUGUUUGCAGGCUGUUCACUCACUGGACUUGUGGCCAUCUUCUUCCUCGUACCUGAAACCAAAGGACUGCAAUUCGAGGAGGUCGAAAAGAUGCUGGAAAAAGGAUACAAACCCAGCUUGUUGUUUUGCUGCAACAGAAACACCAAACAGCAGUCAGCUGUCCAAGGUGGUUAAGUAACCACAAUCUUUCCAGCAAAAUAACCUUAGCUUCCAGAAUGGAGUAUUGCUUAUAUAUAAUGUUAUUCCUUGUACACAUUCAUCUUCUUCAAUUCUCCCCCAUUCUUCUGUUAAGACAUUAUUAGUCAGCAUUGAAAUGCAGUGCAA